AUGCGGGAACAAAACAACGAAGCACGGGUCAUCUUGGCCAUCGAUGCGAUCCAGAAAACUGACGGACUGAGCCGCCGUGGCGCUGCAAAGCUCUACAACGUGCCCGAAACGACCCUGCGCGACAGAAUGAGCGGCGCGACUCCGAUCGCCGAACAUCGGCCCACUCUCCAGGCUCUGACCGCGCUCGAAGAGACAGCGGUAGUGCAGUAUAUACUGGACCUGGACGCGCGAGGAUUUCCUCCCUCGCUCGAAGAUGUGAGGGUAAUGGCGGAUCGCAUCCUCGCGUCGCGUGGCACACGACGUGUCGGAAAACAGUGGCCCUAUCGCUUCGUUCAGCGAAGGGAAGAACUCCGCACGCGCUGUCCGCGCACCUACGAUUACCAGCGAGCUCUUUGCGAGGAUCCCGACCUUCUGAGCGCGUGGUUCCGCCUGUUCUCAAACAUGCGAAGCAAAUUCGGCAUUCUCGACUGUGAUUUAUAUAACUUCGACGAGACCGGCUUCAUGAUGGGUGUCAUAUGCCCUUCGAUGCUUGUCACGCGUUCUGAUCGGCGUGGCAAAGGUAAGACUAUCCGGCCUGGCAAUCGAGAGUGGGCGACUGUGAUCGCCUGCAUCAGCGGCGACGGCGCCGACAUACCCCCGUUUCUACUCGUACAGGGCGCCUGUCAUCUGGCGAAUUGGUACUCCGAAGGCGGUCUCCCCGACUCCUGGAUCAUCAAGCCUACCCCAAAAGGGUGGACAGAUGACGAGACAGGCCUAGACUGGAUCAAACACUUCGACAAGCAUACCAGGGCGCGCACGAAGGGUACUCAUCGGAUGCUAGUGCUCGACGGGCAUGGGAGCCACCAGUCGGUGGAAUUCGAGGCUUAUUGUAAAGAUCACCACAUCGUUCCUAUCUGCCUCCCUCCUCAUUCCUCGCACAUCACUCAGCCGCUUGACGUCGGACUCUUCAGCCCGCUCAAAAGAGCUUACGGCAAAGAGAUCGAGACGUUCGUUCGCGCACACGUCAACCACAUCACCAAAGUCGAAUUCUUUCUGGCAUUUCGUGCGGCGUAUAAAGCUUGUAUGACUGAGAGAAACAUAGCUGGAGGUUUCCGCGGGGCCGGUCUCGUCCCGUUCGACGCGCAAGCUGUGCUCUCUCGACUUGAUGUGAAGUUGCGGACCCCAACGGCUGCGAGAUCUCCAGCAGCCGAGGCCGACCCCUGGGUCUCGCAGACACCGCACAACCCCACUGAAGCCAUUUCACAGUCCGAGCUGGUGAAGUCUCAGAUAAGUGAACACCAAAAUAGCUCCCCGACACCCAUCUUCUCGGCUGUCAGGCAGAUGGCGAAGGGGUUCGAGGCAAUGGCCCACUCAGUGACCCUGUUGACUGCGGAGAAUCGCACUCUUCAGAAGGCCAACGAAGCCCUUAGCAAGCGCCGGAGGGCCAAGAAACACCGUGUCCACCGCGGGAGUGCGCUUGCUUCAAAGAGUGCAAGACUCAUUUCAGCUCAAAAGGAGGCAAAUGAACAACGAGGGCGAGUUGCAGAUGAAAAUCAUUGCAUCAACAGUGAUGGCUUAGUGGCAACUCGCCGCUGCCGUAAGUGCAGGAAGCCCGGUCAUAACGUACGAACGUGCCGAUUCGAAGCAGGAAUGCCUGUUGACUAG